AUGCACUCUUGCGGCGUGUCGCCAUUCUGGACAACGCUUGCCCCCCAGCUUGGCCAUUGUGACGAGGCCGUUCAGCAUGCUCUCGUAGCGCUCGGUGCGGCAUAUAACCUAUACAAGGUCGGCAAAGGAGCUUCCAGUCAUCUGCAAGUGUCCUCGCCUGCGGUCGGGACGCUGGAGCGCUUCACCUGGCGGGAGUACAACCUGGCCAUACGGAAUCUUCACAGACAUCUUGAUAAGCCCGAGCCCGCGAGCAUUGCCGUUGUGCUCGUCUCCUGCCUGGCCUUCAUAUCCCUGGAGCUCCUUCGUGGCGAUCACUACACGGCGAUAGCGCACAUGCGCAACGGAAUACGCAUCCUCAUGUCGGCUCUGGACGUGCGCCGUCUUCGCGCCGCUGCGUCAAGACGUCGGGCAAGAGGGUCCUUCUUAUCCGACGCCGAUCUAUGGGAUAUUGUCACUCAGUUCCGUAACGUUGAGUUUGCUCUGGGGGGCUUCUCUUCCGACAUCCCCUUGCUCCUGGGACAACAGCUCCGCGGCGACACGCCCGACGCCCGGCCCAUCGCCAGCGUGGCCCAAGGCUACGACGCAAGAACACAAUACGUAAACGAAGUCAUGGUUCGCUGCUGGGAGCUGCGUGAGCACAGGGGCAGCCAGGUCUUCUGGGCGCAGCCGCAUAUGCAGCAAGAACUACACACUCUUCGCCAACGGGGCGUGGCGAUAAUGUCUGCUCUUGAGCUGCUGUGGGCUGGACCGCAGGCACCCCCGUUGGGAACAUGGCUGUCAUACAGUAGCCAGAUGGACUGGCUGCUGGUGAAUAGUGCGAGAACCAUGAUACAGCUUGUGCCGUUCGGCAUCGACUCCCACCUCAAGAUGGCCCAGGACCCCUGCUUCCAGGAUGAACUUUCACGGGGUGUCUCGUUUGCGGCCAAGAUGCUCCUGGCACAUAACCUAGAGGGGAAGCCGCCGUCGGAUUACACUCUUGAAACCGGCCUCAUCGCCCUCAUGUACUGGUCGUAUGUGUACAGCACGAGACUGGGGACAAAGGAAGCGGCCUUGAGGAUCCUUCAGGAGUCAACCCAGAGAGAAGGACCAUGGGAUGCCAGCCUUAGUCUGGGGUUUCUUUCUCGAGACACCAAGCCGCGCCUUCUCAUUAGUUUUUGGAGGGAGCCGCAAGCUAUUACGCACCCGGCUAUCCCUUGGCAAUUAAGAGUCGUCGAGCAUUGA